CAAAACCCAGAGAGAAGGACAGAGGAGAGGGGGAGGACGCCUGAAAGCGCAAAACGCAACCGUUUCCAACUCACUCUUGCGUCUGUAGCUUUUCCGUGCAUGGCGAUUGGUGAAUUUGGGCUUUCAAUUGAGAAUUAGGGUUCUUCAGAAGCCAAGAAGAUGUAGUUUAACGGACAAUUUUUCGUGUAUUUUCGAAGCAAUUUGCGAAAAUCGCUCGAGUCUGCUGCGAAGCUUUUAGUUGGUUUCUAGGGUUUUUAGUUUUUGGAAGGGGAGAUGAUGAAGGGCCAGUUGGAUCGUACAAAGGUGGUGCUGCGACACUUGCCGCCUUCGAUUUCGCAAGCUGCGCUUGUGGAACAAAUCGACGGUUUCUUUGCUGGCCGCUACAGUUGGGUCGCUUUUCGUCCGGGCAAGAAGAGCCAAAAGAAUCAGUCAUAUUCUAGAGCCUACAUUGAUUUGAAGAGGCCAGAGGAUGUAUUCGAGUUUGCUGAAUUCUUUGACGGUCAUCUGUUUGUUAAUGAGAAGGGUGAUCAAUUUAAAGUUAUUGUUGAGUAUGCUCCAUCACAACGUGUUCCAGAACAUUGGUCUAAGAAGGAUGGUCGUGAAGGAACCAUAUUCAGAGAUCCCGAGUAUCUGGAGUUUCUUGAAUUUAUUGCAAAGCCUGCUGAGAAUCUUCCAAGUGCAGAGUUACAAUUGGAGAGAAGAGAAGCAGAACGAUCUGGUGCUGGAAAGGAUGCUCCUAUAGUUACACCAUUAAUGGACUUUGUUCGUCAAAAAAGGGCUGCCAAGGCCGGAUCUCGGAGGUUACUGUCUAAUGGUAAAGCAAGCAGAAGAGCUGGUGUAUCAUCUGCUCGAAGUCCUACUUUACCUAUGACCAAACGAGGUUCUGAGAGGAAAAAGAAUUCUGCCUCAAUGGGUCUGUCUGAUUUGCGGUAUGUUGUGAGGGAUGCUAGAAAGAACACCGGUGACAAAAACAAGUCAACACAUAUAUUGGUACCCAAGCGCGAGGAUCAGCAACCUUCCAAGAAGUCUGCCACUUUGGCAUCUGCAGUUGGAACUGAAUUGUUGGAAGAUAGUGGAGUUUCUGGUGCUGAUGCUGGGAAAAAGAAAGUCUUGCUUGUGAAAGGGAAAGAGAAGGAGAUAUCUCAUGUGCCGCCAAACAUGUCACAGCAGCAGAGUUCAUAUUCUAAAAACAUAGGUGGUUCAAUUGCACUGAAUCAGAACCCGCGUCGUCAUGAUAAUGGAAGGAUUAUAAAGGGCAUACUUCUAAACAAGGAGGCACGUCAAAGUCAGUCUUCUGGGAUUCACUCGGGGCAGCAAAUCCAGAGUUCGAGUUCAGAUAGGGACAAACAAUUUCCUCGAUCGCAACAUGUGCAAUUGAUUUUAAAGGAUACAAAUGGGGCUCCAGAUCAUAAGAUAGUUGGGUAUGACUUGCAUGAUAUUUAUAGUGAGAAGCAGGAGAAACGGACAAGAAAUAAGGACAGACCUGAUCGUGGUGUAUGGACGCCUCUUAAUCGUUUAGAUGGAUCAUCUGCAAGUGAUGAGUCUUUCUCAUCUGCUUUUCAACCAGAUCACUCACUUUUAGAUUCUUCAGAAGGCUCUCAUAAACAUCAUGGUCGCCGUGGAGCAAAACAUGUUAAGGAACUUGAUGGCUCCCCAGUUGCAGGUGAAGGAAAACAUUCGAAGAGAGGCUAUGGCUCCCACGAGAAACAAGUGUGGAUUCAGAAGUCGAGUUCUGGUUCCUAAGGAUUUAUUUUUUCUUAAACUGUGUGAUGUGUGGCUACUUGAACCUUGAGAGCUAAUUACCAAAAAAAGGAGAAAAAGAGAACCUUCAUAGUGAGGCUAUAGCAGCGCCCUGAAGCUGUCCGUUUUUGCCGGACAGAUUACCAGGUGUAAACAAAAAGCUUCGGCAGCAAAGAUGUUCCUUUUGGGAAACCCAUAAAGAAACCGGUAUAUAAAGAUAAUGUGUUUUGAAGAAACUGCCAAGUUUGGUGGUGACGAUAUGGAAAUAGGAGGGGAAAGGAAGAAUAAUAAAAGUCAUCAGAGUAUAUAACACAGUUUUCAUCUCGGUGCCCCACCAAUGGGUUCCUCUCAGAAGAGUUACAGACGGUCAUUGUCGCCCUUCACUGGUUAUCGGGAUAUCUAUGUUAUAGAUGGUUGUCAUCCAUUAGUAAAACUGUAAAUAUAGAAGCGGAGCACUAUAUACAGCUUCAUGGUUUCAUUAUUUCUUGUAUGCUGUUGCCUUGUUGCUAGCAGUCUAGCAUCUGGAACCAGUUAGUAUUGUGUAAAGGCCCCGGGGUUUUCGCCGAUACCCUUUUGCAGUUGAUGGCCGGGCGAGUGACUGAUUGAUGGAGUCUGUUUUGUCGGUGUGUCACCUUGUUUUAACGGAUGAGACAUCGCUCUGAGUGAGAUUGUAUACAGGUCGUGGUAGUGUUUAAUUACCAGAACAUAGUUUGUGUUC